AAAAAAAAAAAACGAUAGAUAUAGUACAAAAAUUGAGCUUUCGACUUUCGUCGUCGUAACGAGACUCUGACCGAUUCGAUGAUAAAAGCCGUCGGUGGGAUACAAAGCGAAGAAAAAGCCGGAACCGGAUGCGAAGAGAAAAAGGAAGCAGUCACCUGCUUACACGCUUACCAACAACGAACAGCGAGCGCCAAGUUUCACCCUUUUUCUCAACUCGGCCGACUGACAGUUGAUACGCACCACUGAUACAGAAAAGCACUCUCCUCCCCCUAUUUCCGGACUCUUUCCACCAUCUCCAUAUCCGUCAUCCGACUUGUGAGUGUCGCUCCUCGCGAGUGGAAGAAACCCGAUAUCGUCAGACGCGGAACGAGUCCCAAGGGUCCGAAGACCCAGAUGCACCAGAGAUGAAACUCGGAGACAAUAUGACGGCUGUCGAAGCUGGCAACGUCUGGGGAGACGCAUGUCCGCGUAAAACUCGACCACCCAGGAUCGGUGACAUUCCAAGGUACACAGCCGUCGACGAAGAGUCGCCAGGAGCAGCGUCUAGAAGACUCGGAGCCGCCUCUCCGUUGCAAACCACCGUUUCAGCCAGAGAAGCUGAGGGUGGUGAUAUGUUGGAGCUGCGUUUAUCGACGCACGGCGACGUCUUCUCCUCGAAGUCAUCGCCGGUACAAAAAUCGCCGAAAUGCGCCGACGAAGACUCAGCCUCGGUGCAGGUCCCAGGGGACCGGUCCCGGCUGGCCGGCAUCGUUAGGUCCUCGGAGGGCGGUGAGACGCCGGUGGAGACGCGGAUACCGGAAGUGACGGUUAUGCCGGAUACAAAACGCGCCGCGACGCCAGCCUGCAGAGAUCCGGAGCUCGUGAGGAUCCGCUCGACGCCGUCGCAGGAGGUACGCGAGGUCCGCAAGGACAGCGCCCUCUACCUCGAGGAGGACGAGGUCGAGGGCCUUAAGGACCUCAGGGAGUCGCUGAGGGCCCGUUCGCCGCGAAGCCUGACACCAAGGCGGGAGAGCAGCGGGUACGCGAGCAACCUGGGUACCUUCGACGAGGAGCGGAGGACCUCGGAGGUCGAUUUAACGGGGUUGAAAGAGCGUCGAAGGUCCUCGACGAAGCGACUAACAUCAGAGACUUUCGUCCCCGUAGCGCGUAGCUGGAUAAGCAGGAACGAGCAGGAACAGAACUCGACCAACCCCGAGAGCUCGGAUAACCGAGAGAUCCGGGAGGAUCGAAAGGACGAGAAGAAGGUCUCGGAUCCAGAGAUACGGGACGUCGAGGGUGUCGAAAGGCGGGGAAAAAUCGGCGCGAAUCAACCGCCGCAGAAGAGACCAUCGGAAUCACCAAACGAGGUUCUAUCCUACGCCGAGGUCCUGCAGGCGAAACCCGGAGGCCCGAUUAACAGGUCGAAGGUCCUGUCGCGAGUCGAAUCCUUCGACGCGGUCGAUCUUCCAGGGCGGACGUCGACCGGCGUAAAUCAGCUCGCCUCCAAGGUUGGUCUGCAGCGGAACAAGAGGAUCGUCCACCAGUACAGCACGCCGAAUUUUCCGAGCAUAGAAUUGGAAAGGAUACUCGAAAGGCCUGCGGACAAGACGCCGGAAAUUGUUGUCCCCCCUACGCCGACGACGAUCGUCCACCUCGAAAACACUCGGGAGCAAAACGACCAGGAACCGGAUGUCGUCGCCACCGGCAAACUCCUGCCCAGAUCCGUCAAGGUCUACCAGCUCCUCUCCACACAGUCUGAGGACCGCGGCGACGGUGUUCCGAACCUCGCCGACAGGCGAAUUUCAUUGCAGAUCAGCCGGCAGGACGAGGAACGACUUCCUGGACAGGAAGGAACGGGAACCGCCCCUCCGGUCAUCGCCGAGGGUCCCGAAAUCCUUGGCGUUCCCGUCGCGAAUGAGGGACGAUCACACCUCACACCUUCUUCGACGCUCACCGAUCCUCCGGUUCGCAAGCUUUCCACCCCGGGUGAAAUGGGCGCGUCGCACCGACUCUUGGGAGACUCUGGGAUCGGGAUCAGACCCAUUUAUCCGUAUUGUCCCUACUCGCCCUACGGCAGUCCUCAAGGAUCUCCGAGGACCAGGAGGCGACCUCUUCGCGAAAGUCGGCGCGUUUCUAUCGACAAUAGACAGGGUGCUCUUCAGCUUAAUCAGUACAAACUCUUGGACAAUAUUGGACAGGGCUCUUACGGGAUUGUCAAACUCGCGUACAACGAAGAGGACGAAACGCACUACGCGAUGAAGAUUCUGAGUAAGAAAAAACUGAUGAAGAAGGCCGGGAUUUUCGGGAGAAUGGCACCGGGGAGAAAAGGGCUCGCUAAUCCGUUGGCCAAGGUUUACAGGGAGAUUGCUCUUCUCAAAAAGCUCGAUCAUCCGAACGUCGUGAAGCUCGUUGAGGUCCUCGAUGACCCGGACGAGGACAACCUUUACCUCGUCUUCGAGCUUGUCCAGAAGGGUGAGGUCCUCCAGUUGCCCACCGAUCAACCAUUGGACGAAGACACCGCGCGGAUUCACUUUCGCGACAUCGUUUUGGGCGUUGAAUAUCUGCAUUACCAGCGGAUAGUACACAGGGACAUAAAGCCCAGCAAUCUGCUCGUCGACGGCGAGGGUCAUGUUAAGGUCGCGGAUUUAGGUGUCAGCGCGGAAUUAAGGGCUGCGGGUGAACUGCUCUCGGGACCUGCGGGAACACCGGCGUUUGCCGCACCGGAAACUACCACUCCUGGAGCACAGUAUUCCGGAACGCUCUGCGACGUUUGGUCGAUGGGUGUGACGCUGUACUCUUUGGUGACCGGAAAAGUGCCUUGGGACGGAUCUGGAAGCAUAAUCGGUGUGCAGGCGGCGGUGCGUUCGGAGCCGUUAAGGUUUCCGGAAAAGCCGGAGCUCUCUGCAACGCUGAAAGAACUGAUAACCAGGAUGCUGGAGAAGGAACCAUCCGCGAGGAUUACGUUAAGGGACAUCAAGACACACCCGUGGGUUACGAAAGAGGGGGCGGAAGUUCUACCGGGCGAAGCUGACAACUGCAGACUUCCUGUCACCGUCACGGACGAGGAGGUCGCUCGAGUCGUUACCAGGGUUCCUAAACUCGACACCCUCAUUUUAAUCAAGACGAUGCUCAAGCAGCACAGCUUUCAGAAUCCCUUCCUGGCAAAGAGAAGUGCUAAAUCUGUGAGCAGCGACACGAUGCCAGGUGAUAUUUCUCAACCACCCAGUUCUGGUCGGACGGGAAGUUCUGAAGUAUCCGAGAAGAGUUCGAACAUCCGAGCAGAAAAAUUUCACGAGGCGGGAAGAAGCAAUUCGGCACCGGACACCUUCGAGGGUCACCUUUGCAGCGACAGGCAAGUGUCCGUGGAAAGUCCUUUGCCACCGGUGACUGAAGCAUUGAUACAAGAGAGCGAUUCUUACAAGCGAUGAUAGAAGCUAUGAGAGUAACUGCACUGUUUUAAAACGUAUCAAAUCGAUCCUCGUUAAUAACUGUGUUAUACUUUCGAGGCAGCGAUUGCGGUCACAGGAGAUUUUUAUUUUAUUUAUUUAUUUUUUUUAAGUUUUUUCAAUACGACUCAUCCUGAGCAAAGAACGAAACGUCGAAGUUGAAACUUGCGCACCUACUUCCAUUGGAGGUAAAAGAAAAGCGCGAGGUAAAAAAGAAAGAAAAAUAAUUUGAAUUUUGUGCCGGGUGUAUAAUAUAGACUAUAAUUCCGACUAACUUAGGUGCCAAAUAUGAUGGAAAAUAAGAUAUAAAUUGCGUAUAAUAAUGUAUAAUAAGGUGUGUAAGUUUAAGGCGUUUUAGCAUAUACAUAUAUAUUGUAUAUAUAUAUAUGUGUAAUAUAUUAAUAUACAUACACAGCUGUGUUAGACCAAACUUAUAACAAAGCGUUAGACAUCGAUCCUUGCACAGUAAUUUUCUGUGCGGAAUCAGGAUAUUAUAUUACUAUGUCCAUUAAAAGCGGGUGAACAGAAGAGGAUCCGUGUC